AUGAACCGCGCCGUCGUCAACAUCGACGAGGGCGGCGGCAAGAAGAAGAAGCAGCGCAGUAGCACCGCGUCCAUCCAGAGACUCCCCGACGUGUCCGUCGCCAACGGCUGCGGCACCACCGAGGCAACAGACGUCAUGUUCCCCGACCCGCGGCCCCAGGUUGUCUCCAUACACUCCCAAGAAGACUUCCCACAGCAACCAAGCCGGACGUCAACAGCGGCCACAUCUCUCCCACUUGACCCCCGGUCGCGAACGUUGCGCCUGCCGCUCCAACGGGUGUUCAGCACACUUGACCAAACGUAUGAGGCAGACUGA